AUGGCAACCUUCCGCAAUGAAGACGAGCUUGCGGAUUUUGUUGGCAAAGCCCAGAGGAAUGCAGACCAAAGUGCAGGCAAAAACUGCCUCUCUGCAGAGGUCAAUUGGCUGCCAUACAAUACUCGCAGCCUGAUUGUCUAUGCUGCCCACGUGUCCAAGGCACUGCAACUGAAGCUUUCAGUGACUCUUGAGAGCACAGAUUCCUUUGCCACAUCUCUCUCCGUCAGUGACGAAUUGAUCAGCUUGUUCUGGAUUGUGUGCGAUGAUGGAGUUGGAAAGCCAUUCGGCGAGAACUACAGCACUUUCAAAACAAGCUUCAUGCAGUUUGCAACCACGUUGAUCUCCAACAUGGUGAUCUCUUUGCAAGAUGGUCGCAGCAAGAGUGACCUGACACAAUUGCAGCGGAUCCAGAAGUUGAUGGGCAACUAUCUGUCCAUUGUGAGUGAUGAGUCAGAGCCAGAGCGUGCAAACAUCAAGAAUGCCCUUGCUUCUGUCGAGGCAGAUAUCAAGGCCAUCCAGAGUCAGUCCCAUGCUGACCUCCCAGAAGCUGAUCAGGACAUAGUGGAUUCGAUGACCAAAUCAUUGGGUGCAAUGAAGACCGCUGUCCCAGGCUACCCUCUACUGCCCAGCCUCUCAGCAGCCAGCAUGUCUGUGGUCAAGGCAGAGCUUGAAAAGACCAAAGCGACAGACUUGGGGAAAGCGUAUGCUGCUGUCAGCGAUGCAUUGUUGAAGCUGAAUGGGAAAUCCCCUGAGGAUUUGAACCGCAUGUUCGGAGGUGAGAUGCUGAAGGACAUCUAUGACGCGCUUGAUGGUGGCAAGACUGAUCGGAUGGCGCAAUUUGAGUCCAAGCUGCAGGAACGCGAGAUUUCGUUGGAAGAUCUCCCAGCAGCAAUCAGUGAGUCGGUACGUGAAUUCAAGAAGAAGGCCAUGGAGAUGGAUGAUGAUUCUGGUCGUGAUCCUUUGGAUUGUCUCGAGGCAACGCAGCCCCUACAAACAAUAGUCACAGCCCGAGACUUGCCUGGGCCCGGGCCACCUGCUGAGACUCAGACUGAGCCUGGGAUUGACCGUGACCGUGACCCACUUGACUUCCUUUUCGAUAGUGUGGCGGUGGGGUCAGCGGCAGUGGGGUGUGUGGCUUCAGAGAAACACCUCCAGCAUCAGCCACAAGAUGGCUUGAAUGCGGCAGCAGUUGAUGAAGCUACGCCGUCUCCAUCAGAUUGGGUGGCAAAUAUUUUCACCGUCUUGGGGAAGGAAUUGCGGACGAAUUUUCCACGCGGGUCUAAGUUGUUGUAUGGCUCGGAUUGCUCCGGCAUAGAUUCUCCGUCAUUUGGACUGGGCGCCAUCUUGGGAGAGCUCAAGGAGGAUUCUGAACUGAACGCUAUCGCUGGCAAUACCAUUUCUGUUCCAACAGCAGCCGCAUUCAUUGCAGUGCUCUUGGCCAGCGGAAGCCUGAAGGGCCUGAAGAAGCAAACGAGCGUGCCGCUGCCACUUCCCGCACUGAAGCUCACAGUGCCAAGCAUUGUGUGGAUCGGCCACCCGAGGGUCACCAAUGAUCCUGCACAUGAAUUUGAUGGGCUGCUUGCCAAGGGCGAAGCCAAGAUGGGAAUGAAGCGGUUCUCCUCCAGUGCUGGUAGUGGUGAGCCAGCCGACGGGGACGGAGAGAGCAGCGAGGACCCAUGCCCCCCCGGAGGUGGAGAAGUCCGCUCGGCGGAGAAGACUCCGCCGCUAGGUGAUGUGCUGAAGAGAGUAGGCCUCUCUGUGCUCAGCAAUACCAGCUACUGGACGCGCAGCAAAGAGGAGGCUUCCGAUGCCGAGCAGCACUUGACCCAGUUGCGGCGGGAGGCGCAACUCCGGCAAGCGCGCUGUGAGGGGCAGCUGGAGACACUGGCGAGAGAAGCCAAAGAAGAGCAGGAGCGGCGACUGAUCUCCGAUAAGAUUAGCCGGGAGCUGGCCAGCUUGCGGGAGGAGCUGCACCGAAAAGAUGCCCAGGAAGAGGAGCGUCUGCGUCAUUUGUAUCGAGGCAUUCUGGGUCCGAAAGAUGGACCUGUGCAGCUUGGCGGCACGUGGGAUUUUCAACCAUUUUGUACUGUUUUCACAGGAGCUCCGGCGACGGACUCGCGGCUCACGAGGCAGAUGUCAGACUUUUCACUGGAGGACCUCAGGUCCAAGCCCGCUCCGCUGAUCUACAGCGAAGCCAAGUUGCUGACAGAUGAUUGGGAAGAGUCCCUGUUCAGAGGUGAGCGUUUGCGAGCAGCUCGCAAGAAGGUCCAUGCCACCAAGGUCCAUGCAGGACUGGAUGCGCCUGGGAGCGCUGCAAUGCGUUUCACUCCAGGAAAAGACGAGGCCGACCAAAUGCUUCGAGUGAACUUGGCUCGCUUGGAGCGGCUCGAGCGCUUUGGCCUCUGA